ACCCGGACUGGUAGUUAUGUAGGGAAACGUGUCAAAGUUCCCAGAACCUCACUUUUUAGAUUUAUUGUUUAUUUUGAUUAUUUAGCAUAUUUUCAACCAAUAAUUUUUUAUAAUUGAUUUAAGUGAAUUCCCUUAAAUUUUAGGUUCAAAAAUGUCUACAAAGGCUGAUAAAUUUGUGAAAUCAUACAAGACUUUAUCUCAAAUUCCUGCUCUAGUGAGUGGUCACAUAAGAUCAAAUGGUAUCGUAAGUACCAAUUGGAGUCAAAGAAAUUUGGAAAAAGGGAAAAACACCGAGUUUACCAGAGAAUUCUUUACAAAAAAUUUGAAGAAAGUUGCCGAAAGUUUGCCAUUAGAAGUUAGCACUGAAAUUAUAUCUAAAUUAUCAAAGAGUGAAAAAUUUCGCGCAGUUCUUAGAGAUUUUGAUAGUAAACAGUUUUUGGAAGUGUGGCAAGGGCAUAAUCUGAUUAGAUCUGUUGAUUUGAAUACAUUGGACAUACAUGGAGCUGUAUAUUCAGAUGUUGAAUUCUCGUCCUUUGAGUGGUCACCUGAUGAAAAGAAGAUACUGUAUGUUGCUGAGAAGAAAAACCCAAAGUCUGAACCAUUUUAUAAAAGGAAGGCACCAAGUACUAAUGGAGUAGGAGAUGGCAAUGGGGAAGAAAAAACUAAAGGGGAAGAACACUUAUUUAUCCAAGAUUGGGGAGAACAGUUGGUGGGAAAAAAGAACUCAAUUAUUGCUCAAUACAACAUUGAAAGUGAUACAGUGGAUAUUCUAAAAGGUGUCCCUGAAGACUUGUUUGUAGCACAACCAAAGUAUUCCCCUGAUGGUUCUUAUGUUAUAGGGGUAGCUUAUCAGUUAGAACCAAGGAAAUUGGGGGUAAUUUAUUGUGCCAAUAGAACCAACUCUAUUUUUUAUUUAAAUUUUGAUGGAAAAUUUGUUAGUUUGCCUUUUAAAAAUGUGGCUGUCAAAUCUCCGAUUUUCUCACCCAAUGGGAAAUACGUUUUAUGGCUUCAGAGAAAAGCAGGUGGCCCACAUGCAUCUGCUAUGCAGCUCGUCAGGGCAGAUACACCUUUAAAUGAAAAUAGUACCAGUAAAGUCAUAGUAGAUAUUGUUGAUGAAGAAAAGGAAAUAGAAGGGGGAAAGCUAUUUUAUGGAUUAUAUAAUACAGGAUUCAUCAGAAGACCUUGGGCAAGCCAAAAUCACUUAAUUGUCAACACCAAUCAAAAAUAUACAAUAAAUUCCUACAUUAUCAAUAUAGAAUCUGGUUCAAUAAAGCAACUAGACACAACAGAAGGCAGCUUAAGGGUAGUGGAUGUAUGUGAAGACACACUUCUGGCUGUCAAAAGGCAUUUCUUUAUACCGGACCAAGUGGUAAUAGGAAAAUUACCGCAAUCUGACAAGGACUCAGAAAUAGUGUGGGAAAAUUUAACUACCAGUGACCCAGUACCCGGUCUAGAGAACUGUAUGUUUAAGUAUUUGGAUUUAAAAGCACCCCAAGGUGAUGUCACCGAUUUCAAUGCUAUUUACAUUGGCCCCAAAAGUGGCAAAGAUAAGACAGUUCCUCUGAUCGUUAUGCCUCACGGAGGACCGCACUCCGUUUUUGGAAACUACCUCUUUUUAGAAGAAACCAUGUACCUGUCACACGGUUUCGCUAUAAUAUUAAUCAACUACAGAGGUUCCUUGGGCAGCGGUCAAAAAAGCGUGGAAUUUUUACCUGGAAAAAUCGGCAGUGCCGACGUUGAAGACUGCAUACAAGCUACCGAUGAAGCUUUGUCGCGCUACCCUUGGUUAAAUCCCAACCAACUUGCUCUAGCUGGUGGAUCACAUGGUGGCUUUUUGGUAACUCACCUAAGCGGGCAGUAUCCAGAUAAGUUUAAGGCUGUAAUCGCUAGGAAUCCUGUCAUUGAUGUCGCAUCUAUGAGUGUUUCUUCUGACAUUCCAGACUGGACCUAUGUCGAAGCUGGCAAAGAAUACAGCCAGAAAGGUGAAGUGGACAAUGAAAUUUUGGCAUUUAUGCGAAAAGUAUCUCCAAUCGUGCAUGCGCAUAAGGUUAAAGCACCUACUUUACUCCAAAUUGGAUCAAAGGACUUAAGAGUGCCCUCGCAUCAGGGCCUUGAACAUUAUUACCGAUUAAAGGCGAACGGAGUCGUAACUAAGUUGAACUUGUAUGAUGAUAACCAUCCAUUGGGAAGCGUGCCAAACGAAUUUGACAACAUUAUCAAUUCGUUUUUAUGGAUUGAAGAGCAUUUGGGCAUUGAAAAUUAGUACUAAUUUUAACUCUACCUUAAGAAUUGUCUUUUUUUUUCCAAUAGAAAUAUAUUUUUAAGACUAAGAA